AUCGACAAAGUUCUGAAUUGUGAACACUACAGUGCAACAUCUGCAUUAGUAUACUGGUGAUAAAUUUCAUUAUGUUUUCGAUUUUUGAAAUAUUAGCUUUAACGACACUGUGCGCUAGUGUCGCUCAAAGUGAAUUACUACCGCCUUGCCAUCUUAACGACGAUGUCUGUUUUGAGAAGUCCAUUAACGUAGCCCUGCCUCAGGUCGUGUCUGAAAACAAAGCCCUUGGGGUCGAAUCAUGUGAUCCCUUGAAACUUGACCUAAUUGAGGGCGACAUGCCCGAUAUUAAAUUUAAGUUUAUUUCCCCAAUCACUACGGGAUUCAAGCAGUGUAUUGUCAAAAAUGUGAAAAUGAACUUAGAUGCACUUACGUUACACGAGGAGCUUGUCUGUCCGAAUCUAGAAACAACUGGCAAAUACGAAAUCUCUGGACGUCUCAUCACUUUACCUAUUGAGGGAAGUGGAGACUUCAAAAUCUCUGCCGGGUCAUACAAUAUAAUCCUCGAUUUUGAUUUGGAAACUGUGGUUGGAGAUGACAACAAAGCAUAUCUUUUCUUGAAAUCUUUCAAACAGAAAAACGAAGCAACAGCUCCAAUUUCUUUCGACUUCAAAAACCUUUUUAAUGGACAAAAGGAUCAGGCUGACAAUGCCCACGCAUUUGCUAAUCAGAACUGGAAGCAGGUCUCCGAUCUCCUGCAGGAACCUAUUUGGAACGAAAACGUGAAGAAAAUCAUUUUUAACGCCAACAAAUACUUAAUGACUGAACCCCUUGAUCAAAUGUUCAUAUCACCUUAGGUUGUUAAUGUAAAAAUACUAUACAUUUGUAACAUAUAUUAGUAUGUAAUGUAAUAUGUAAACAUAUAUUAAUUGCAAAUAACCCAUGUUUUUUCUACAUUAAUGACAAAAUAUUAUUUGGCUAUCAGUCGCUAUAAUAGUAGGUUUGAGCAUAAAGAGCCCAAAUGAAAAAGACCGUAGUGAGUAGUCUUAAACAUAUUAUUUAUAUUUUAAUUUUAAUAAUAAACUAUUAUAUAUCUAUCA